CUGCGCCCGUUACAUAUCUAUAUUUUAUUUGUUUAUCUCAGCUGUGCAGCUAUGACAGCAUAAAGCAUAACUAGUCUUCAUAAGCAUAACUCAAGUAUUGUUGAUUUUGUAACAAGGCAUAGUUUAAUUCAAGUACCUAAAGACAAACAAAGCCUUUUCAAACUUAUUUGUAAGGAAAUAUAUUUCAGUAAUUGAACAUGACUGUCGCUUGUGAAUACUGUGACAGAGUAUUCAGAGAAUAUGAACAUAUGGAACAGCACCGCGAUGCGAAACAUUAUUAUCCCUGUGAACAUUGUGACUAUUUUUUUAAUUCUGCAGAAGAAUUGGAUGAACACGAAGAUGAUGUUCAUUAUAUCGUUUUAUGUACUGAUAAAGACUGUAAUUUGAGGUUCCUAACCAAAAAAGCUAUGAAACAACACUGGAAUGCCGACCAUUAUUUCCCAUGCAAAUAUUGCAACUAUUAUUGGCCUAGUCAAGAAGAACUAGAUGAACACGAUCUUGAAGAACACUUAACUGUUACAUGUAACUUUUGUGACAGACUUUUUAGGGCUGAAGCUCAUAUGAAGCAACAUGAGAUUGAUAAACAUGAAGAUGUUGACUACUUCCCGUGUCACUAUUGUUCCGAAAAUUUUGACUUUGCAGAUACACGAUCUUCACAUUAUUAUCAUUAUCAUAGAAUAACCAAGUAGCUUUACAAUAGUUUUAAUCAAGCUUGUGAUUUCUGAUUUAUUCUUACUUUACCUAAAAUACAAAUUUGUUUCAAAUAUUUGGAUUUCAAUAAAAUAUAUCGA